AUGCAUUCAAGGAUAAGGAUGGCAUUGCGGAAAGAUCCCAGGCGGAUCAAAACUAGCGGGCCAGAGUACGAGUGGAAAUUUGCUGCACUUGUAUACCUUCGUGCCUACAGAAGAGGACUACGAUUUCUAUUAGCUUCUAACAUUGACGGGGCCAAGCCUUUUGACGACGUUUUUCUCAGACUUCACUGGAAAGAUAGCAGAGUUGAACAAGGAAUCACGUAUUUAAUUCAACUAAAACACGCGGAAAGACUCGAUAAGUCAGUGAGCUUUGAAAAUCUUAAAAGUGAGAAAGGUGAUUUUAGUAUCAAAAAAUAUUUUGAACUCUAUAAAAGCGCGCUUACUGCACAGACAGUCACCGAAAGUAGUAGUUUGAGUGUUGAUAAUAUUUUGCUUCAUAAAGAGAACAUUAACGAUUGUAGAUUCAUUGUUUACACAACGAAGGUUGUACCACACCAAAUAAGUUCUGCCAGUAACUCUAGUAUUGAUUUUCCCUUCAGUGAAUUAUUUUCUACGGGAAAUGAAGAUGAUAUUUUCUCUUUCACCGAAAGAGAUGAAUAUGUUUGGAAUUUACUGAAAAACGACGAUUCUUGUGAGCUGUAUCGUCACCACUUUUUACCUAGGUUGCGAAUAUUUACCCGACAGCAACGAGUAGUCGAGUUGGACAGACUCAUCGCUGAAGAGAUAUCAGAAAUAUUUAAUGGGGCACUGCCACGGUCUGUUGGGGUAGCGUUCACAGAAUAUUUUCGUACCUGGUGGGAGAGGGAUGACAGUGAAUGUAUUACUCACGCGAGUGCUUUGCUUGAAAAGAUUGUAAAGUAUGAAAUCAUGAAUAGAACAUUGUCUGAAGCGCGAGUUCCAGAUUCCACGUGCGAAUUGUUGGCAAAACGGAUGGACGAUAAAGACAUAUGUUACCUAGCUUUUCCAGGGUUAUUAAUUUCUGAGCGAAUUGCAUUUUGUAAGUUUAUUCUUGAAAUGGAUUACUCAGGUCGGUAUAUAGUAUUAAACGAUACUGAAAUUAAUAUGUUUCCGUUAAGUUCUAUUGUCGUUACAUGCAAGAAACUCUGCGAUGCUGUAGCUAUUAGUACAGACGGGAGCAGUGAACAUAUUCAAUCUUUACUUUCAUUACUGUUAGACAGUGACAUACGCAAAAUCAUAGUAAUUACUUCAAACAUUGACAUCAAUUUAAGAAUGCUACUCAAAUCGUUUGACAAAUCGUACGUCGAAAUAGAGGAAUAUUCCCUAUCUUCGACUCCAGCACCGUAUCUUCUAAAUGAGCAACCUCGUAGCCACUUUACAAAACGGAAUAUUUACAAAAGAUCCUCGUUUCCAGGGGAAUAUUACAAUCUAGGUAAUGUAUCCCAACAGUAUGAUGGUUUCCAAGAAGAAGAAUAUGUUUUGCACUCAGCAUCUCAGUGUAUUGCGAACGUCGACCUCAAACUUUCUCAGAUAUCUCGUUGCUCGAGGUCGCUUCCCUCCGUUCGAUUAUCAGACAUCGUCUCCCAGACUCCGCCCAGAUGUGACAAUAUUUUCAUCCAACAGACAUGUGAAGAGAAUUCUGAAUUCUUAUUUGUUAAGAACAGUCGUAAGUUAAUUAAUGAAACAGAUGUACUUAAAGCUAUGUCUGUUGAAGUUAGAGAUGUAAAUAUUAGCGCCAAAAUACCCGUGUUGCGAGUCAGGUCAUUUGGAGAAGAUACAAAUAUUUAGAUAUUUAAAUAAAUGUGAAAGUGUUCUGAUAAAGUUGAUAUUAUUUUGUUCACGUAUGAGUAGAAUAAACACUUUU